UGUACAAGUUCCUUGUUCCUGACUGGGUACACCUGUAUUAACAUGCAGAACAACUCCAGUAGUUUCCAUGAUAACAAGGAUCUUGGUGUGGGGAGCAACAACAUACGAGCAGUCCAUAGGAGACAGUCCUGACAAACGGCAAACUCAAAUCAGUAUUUGAAGAUGAUGCGAUUGUUGCUUCUGUGUCUGCUGCUGCCUUGCACUACUGUUUUUUCAGAUGAGUUUGAAGGAUCGGCCGGUGAUGGUCUGGAUGAUGAGGAUUCCUUUGAGGAAAACGAGAUUAUAGAGUUCCAUGACAGAGGAGGUUCUGGCACAUUUGUUGACAAAACCAAAGGAGAAGAAGACCCAACAGAUCAGUUCACUCUGAUAGUCAUCGUUGUAGCUGUGAGCAUGUUGGCUCUCUCUGUUGUAGCUAUUGUUGCUGUAAUAUUAGUCAGACGCCGCAUGCACAAACGGCAAGGGAUCUAUUCUGUACCUACAGAGCAGGACCAGAAAGGGGCAGUCUAGUUCCUGGCAAGGCAGCAACUCUGUAACACGCAUGCAAGAAAGAGCGUCUCACCAGGUUCUAUGAUCUCAUCACGAGGAUUAGACUCCUUCAACAGCUGUGUUUAUUGCUCCUACAAAAGAAACUAUCAAUCCAUAAGCAAUCCCAUAAUCUAUUCCAUUUUUGCCUCCGUCUCUACUGUUUAUAACACAAUUUAGGACAUUUGGAACGUAUUCAAACCUUCUAAUUGGAUUCUAUUUACGGAAUCUAAACAAAUAAGGCUCAAUGCAUCUCUUGUUUGCACUGUUGGAAAUACUCUCGUUUUAUCAGCAUAAACAACAAUGUUUUGUUUGGUACACGUGAAGCAAACCUAUUCGUGUGAAAUGGUCGUUGACUGAGACUAAACAUGCUAAUCCAAAGUAAGACACCGACAAGAGGUCCACAUUUGAGUCUCCUGUUCGCUGUGUGAUAUUUUCUCUUCCCGAGCCAUUUCGGCUGACAGCAGGCUGUGGAAUAGAUGAUAAAAAGUGCCAAACCACCCAAGUCUUCUUCUCCUUCUCAGCCACUCCAAAAACUGUCUGGGUAAACACCCGCUUGCAAGGUGGCAAAUUAAUCCACCACCAUGAAUGUGGAUGUUUACUUUUCUCUUUUUUGUUACCUCCUCUUUGUUUUGGAAAGUUCUCCUUUCAAAAUGGUGCAUGUUGUAAAUAGCUGUGUGACUUCUGAAGAGGCAGGCUAAUGGCCAACGGUGGUGGAGGUGUGAAAAUGAGGUAAAAUGAAAUGAAAUCUAAUGGAUAAUUGGGGAAAAUACCAACAAUAGCUGGGUUCUCGCUGUACAAAGCGUGAUGUUUCCCUGCUGUCGUUUUAAGCCAAAUCAAUCUUUGCCGGAAGAGUAAAAGCUUUCGUUUCGUAUGCGUGUUUGUUCCCAUACAGAAGGCAACGAGGAAGGUGUUUUUUGUAACACUUUUAAGUUGUCAAACAGUGUGUAAUGAGCGGUUCUUUUGAAUUAUAUCAACAACACAGAGAAUGGACUUCAAUGGACACAAAAAAGAGCUGGCCUCACAUGCAGCAAAUACCAACAAAAUUAGAACAAUGUUGUAUUUCUGUAAAUGCUUGAAUUAUAGUCUGCUGGUUAUUUACAUCAACUGUAAGAGGGCGUGUGUUAGUUCCCAAAUUAGCCCUUUACCUGUGUUGAGGAUAGCUCAUUUUAUGCACAAUCUUUUAAAAAAGCUGACAUAAUUAAUGGGCAUUCAAAGGGUUGAAAUAAAAAUAAACAAUUACAUGUUUGCUAUUUUUAUUUAGGGCUGAAGGUGAUUUGAGACGUCUGAGGGGAAAAAAGCAGAAAGAGAAUAUCAAUCAAAACGUGUUUUAACACGCUCAACUCUCUGAGGCCUUUUUCAUUCUGAAUGCUACUCAAUUGCCGUUAAAUUAAGUAAUCCCUAGACGGUAUGAUUUGUAGUGCAUGAGAAAGUCAAAAGGGAAAACAAGGCUUUUUUUUACUACACGGUCAUUUAUUAACAAUUACCAUCAGUUCACAGCUAUAUUGCGCACCCACCUAAUUUCUGAAGAAAUUUUAUGUUGACAAGGCUAUAAGAUGCAUAUGUACACAUUAAAACAUUAAAUAUUUACACAAGUGCUUGUCUUAAUUUUCAAAUCUAACAAAAGACAUUGGCUACUGUAUGCCGUGUUACAGGCUAUUGGAGAAGACAUUGAGCGCGGUCUUCAUCUUUUUCCUCCUUUGAUGCUGAAGUCGUGUUCAUUGGCGCACAGUGGUUCGGGCUUUUGAGCCCUGUUAGUGAAGGUAGAUUUCCAUUCCUUUUUUGAGUGACGGAUGUGACGGUUUUUGGCUGAGCUGUGUGUAUUUCGUCUUUUCUUCUUCAUGACGAUGGUAAGUCCAUAACAUGAUAAAUGGCUGACUGAAUGAUUGUGUGAGUACAUUUGAUUUAAUGUGAGCAGCUUUAUUGGUUCACUGUGAGUGGUCUGAUGUGAUGAGGCUAUAUUGUACAACAGAACCACUUUUUUUAUACCAGUAACUGUUCAGCCAGCAUUAAUAGUGCUGAUCACUCAUACUACUGAUGCAGUUACUGUCAUCUUGUGGAGCUAUCAAAUGCUACAUCCGAAGGUUACCUACAACCACAGCUGUUAAUGGUAAUGUUUUUGACCAAGUGAUAAUGAAAAACCGUCAUUUGCUUUUCUGGACAAUAAUUGGAGCAUUUACAGUAGUCACUAAUGUACUAGGUGUAGAUGAGGCUAAAAGUAAAUCUAAGUGAAAUACAAUGAACAAAUACUGCAACAAAACAGCGUAAUAGCUAGUUCAUUUUCACGAUUACAGUAAGUCACUGUUUUUUUGGGGGGUUUUUUCAGCAAAAGUGAGCAUGCUUGACGAUUUGGAGUUGUUCCCACACGUACUGUUCAUGCUUUUGAAUAAGAAAGUGUCUAAACUUUUGACCAGUGUUAUUCCACAUUUAACAAGUCAAUAUAACCAAUUGCAAAAUAAACCAUUUCACAUUUUAUACCUGCACACGUGCAUGGUUACUUUGUAUUCAACAUUCCUGGCAGGUAAAAAUCAGCUUGUGCAUAUAUCUAACAUAUCUUAGCCAGGCUAAUUUUUUAAUCGAACUGUCUUAACACUUUCUCAACAUAUUGUAGCUUUAAAUGUCUGUACAAAUUCACAAAGCAAUAUAUUUACAUUAUGACCUUUAUUUGAUACUGUGUAUGCUUGUGUCUAUGAAAUUGUGAUACCCUCUACUGCUUACUUAGUGUUUGUCAGUUUAGCAAAAAGAUUGUAAAAUACUUGUUUAAAUUUUUAAGUAUUUGUACUUUUGUAUCAGUUCAUUUGUGCCAACAUUUUUUAGUAAGUAGUAGACCAAACCAACAACAAAAACAAACAUUUCAUAGCAGAUUUGGAGGCUAAGCGCUCAAAUCAGUUGGAAAAUGUACUGUAUGGAAUUGAUUAUGCCAUUAAAUGUUUUUUAAAAUGUU